AAACAGCAGACAAGGCCAACUGUGCGGCAUUGAAUCUCGCCCGUCGCGUGCAACACAUUUCGAUUCACCUUCGGGCUCCCUCCUACGGACAGUCAUCCAUAGACAACUGACUGUCCCUGCCCACCAUGUCCGCUUCCGUCACCCGUGCUGCCCGGCACACCGCGAAGCAGCUCAGCUUGCGACCAAAGCGAGCCCAAUGCCACUCCAUCCUCCGAAAUCAAUUGCGAAGCAUAUCCCACACCUCAAGAAAGCAAGCCGAGCUAUAUGGCCCGACUCGCUUGAUCGCCACCGAUGAACGCUUUGUCCCACCUGCCAACGACGCCGAGGGACCUCUACAGGGCGCUGCCGAUCCUGCUGAACAGCUGGAGGGACGAAAAGUCCGCCAUUACACCGUCAACUUUGGGCCACAGCAUCCGGCCGCGCACGGCGUGUUGCGGUUGAUUUUGGAGCUGAAUGGCGAGGAGAUCGUGCGGGCGGAUCCGCAUGUCGGGCUGCUCCAUCGCGGCACCGAGAAGCUGAUCGAGUAUCGGACGUAUCUGCAGGCGUUGCCGUAUUUCGAUCGGCUGGACUACGUCUCGAUGAUGACGAACGAGCAGUGCUACUCGCUUGCCGUGGAGAAGCUGCUGAACGUCGAGAUUCCGGACCGGGCGAAAUGGAUCCGAACGUUGUUUGGGGAGAUUACUCGCAUUCUGAACCAUCUCAUGUCGGUCCUGUCCCACGCAAUGGACGUUGGCGCGUUGACUCCUUUCCUGUGGGGCUUCGAGGAACGAGAGAAGCUUAUGGAAUUCUACGAGCGUGUGUCCGGAGCUCGACUACACGCUGCCUACGUCCGACCAGGUGGCGUCAGCCAGGACAUCCCGAUCGGCCUCCUGGAUGAUAUCUACCAAUGGGCCACCCAAUUCGGCGACCGUAUCGACGAAACCGAAGAGCUCCUGACCGAUAACCGGAUCUGGAUCGGCCGCCUCAAAGGCAUCGGCGUAGUCACCGCUGCCGAAGCCCUGAACUACUCGUUCACCGGCCCUAUGCUCCGCGGCUCGGGUGUGCCGUGGGACAUCCGCAAGUCGCAGCCCUACGACGCCUACGACCAGGUGGAGUUCGACGUGCCCGUCGGCGUCAAUGGCGACUGCUACGACCGCUAUCUCGUCCGUAUGGAGGAGUUCCGCCAGUCGCUGCGCAUCAUCCAUCAAUGCUUGAACAAGAUGCCGCCCGGCCCGGUCAAGGUCGAGGACUACAAGAUUUCGCCACCCCCGCGCGCGGCUAUGAAGGAGAAUAUGGAGGCGCUGAUUCAUCACUUUUUGCUGUUCAGCAAGGGCUACGCGGUGCCGCCGGGUGAGACGUAUAGUGCCAUUGAGGCACCGAAGGGGGAGAUGGGAGUCUAUCUGAUCAGUGAUGGAACUGAGAGGCCGUAUCGAUGCCACAUCCGCGCACCCGGGUUCGCUCAUUUGGGGUGCCUGGAUCAGUUGUCAAGAGGGCAUCUUCUGGCUGACGUGGUGGCGGUCAUUGGCACGUCGGAUCUGGUACGUGUCCGUCCUCAAUAUUCAAGUGUUUUACUAACGUUGUCUAGGUGUUCGGUGAGAUUGAUCGAUGAAAAGGUGGUAGAGGACUUGAUUCCGUGGCUUUGUAAAUACACUUGCGACAUUGGCGUCUGCCGGAUGGUGACCUGUAUAACUAUUCGACGGGUCGCCAAAUAGCGAACAUCUUCAACGUUCAUCCUCGUUCUCUUCCUUCGCGAACAGUUUCCCGAUCGCUUCAACCGUGGUAUUCCCACCACUAAAGACCACACAGA